UUUUUUUAUAAAAUUUAUAAAUUAUUUUUAAAUCUUCUAUAUGAAAAAGCUUACAGAACCUCAGAAACCUUUUCGGGGUUAUAUUCAUAAAAAUAAAUUUUAUUUUUUGUGUCAUAAGAAGAUAGUUAUAAUUUCACAAGGCUUUUGAGUUACUUUUAUAUUUGACUGAAGUUUUGGUAUAUUUUUGGGUUUAAAAUCAAGUUUUGUGUCAUUUUUGGCAAAUUCUCCACUAAAUAUAAGAUAAACCUAAUUAUGAUAUUAUCAGUAAAAUUUGGUAAUAAUAUCUAUUUUUAAUUUAUUUAUUUAAAUAAUAACCCCAAAUACCAUCAUAAAUUUAUAUACCUAAAUAAUAUUUUUUUAAAAUAGUAUAUAUAGAUCAGUAAAAUUUGUCAAUAUGUCUAUUAAUUAAUUAUCUUAAAUAUUAUGAUAAAUAAAAUAUAUUAAAAUAACUUUCAUGAUAUAAAUUAAUUGGACUAAUGAUUUAUCCUAUAAUUAUGGAGAAGGUGAAAAAUACGCGAAAUUAUUUCAAAUAUAGUAUAGAUUAAUUUUCAAAUAAUAGUAUAGAUAGAUUUAUUUUUUUUUUGUGAUGAUUUAGAGUUGUUUACAAAAUAUAUGUAGAUGAAUUAUUUUAAAACCAAGCAUUAACCGAAACAAUUUACUGGUAAAUACCCAAUUGAAUUUUCACCAAAAUUAAGAUUCUGUUUUAAACGAGAGAGCAAAGAGAAAUCAGAUAACCAUAUAUUACAUAUCCAUAACCAUAAAUAAUCAACCAAAAGCAAUACAAAAGAAACAGCCCAAUUUUAGCCGAUGGUUACUAAUUAGUAACAAGAAUCAAGUUCUUGUGUUUAAAAAAUAGAUUUAUUCUAACAGUUCAUGGAAACAAUUAACUCUAUAUAAGCAAAUACAGUAGAUAAACACUUCUCAUUGUGUCUUAAAGACAUUUAUUAAUAACACAAAAUUCUUAUUUGAAUAUACCCUAAACAUAAUAAGAAGAUGACUUGCAUUUCUUCUGCGUUUAAGGCUUUGUGUUUGUCUCUCUUGUUCCUCAAUGCCGUUGCAAGUCGUCCGACCAAUAGGCCAAAGGUUUUUAAUGUCCAGCGCUAUGGUGCCAAAGCUGACGGAAAAGCUGAUAACACCAAGGCGUUCACAAACAUAUGGAAAAGCGCAUGCACAAGGAAAGGUGGUAAUAGUAAAAUCUACGUACCGAAAGGAACGUUUUAUCUUGGUGGUGUACAGUUCGUAGGGCCAUGUGCGAAUCAGAUUGAAUUCGUUAUCGAUGGAACUUUAUUGGCUCCUUCAAACCCUAGGGACAUUAAGAAUGACACAUGGAUCCAGUUCAGGUACAUUAACAAUCUUAUUAUCUCCGGUGCCGGUACACUCGACGGCCAAGGGAAAGAGUCUUGGCCACUAAAUGACUGCCACAAAAACCCCAGUUGUCCUAAGCUAGCUAUGACCAUGGGAUUUGCAUUCGUGAACAACUCAAGAAUCAAUGGGAUAACGUCACUCAACAGCAAAAUGGGACACUUCAACUUCUUUUCUGUCCAUCACUUCAACAUCACUGAAGUCACUAUAACAGCUCCCGGCGACAGUCCAAACACCGAUGGGCUAAAGUUUGGGUUCUGUAGCAACAUUAACAUCUCCAAGACACACAUUGGUACAGGAGACGACUGUAUAGCUAUCCUUUCCGGAACCACUAACAUGGAUAUCUCUAAUGUCAAUUGUGGUCCUGGACAUGGGAUCAGUGUCGGAAGCUUAGGGAAGAACAAAGAAGAGAAGGACGUUAAUGGCUUAACCGUAAGAGACAUAGUCUUUAACGGCACUAGUGAUGGUAUUCGGAUCAAGACUUGGGAAUCUUCAGCUUCGAAGAUAUUGGUUUCUAACUUUGUGUACGAGAAUAUUCAAAUGAUUAAUGUUGGAAACCCUAUCAACAUCGACCAGAAGUAUUGUCCUCACCCACCUUGUGAAAAGAAGGGACAAUCACACGUUCAAAUCCAAGAUCUUAAAUUAAAGAACAUAUAUGGAACAUCGACGAACAAAGUGGCGGUGAAUCUACAAUGUAGCAAGAGCUUUCCGUGCAAGAAGGUUGAGCUAAUUGACAUUAACCUAGAGCAUAAGGGAGUCGAGGGUGGUCCUUCCACUGCGGUAUGUGAGAAUGUUGACGGUUCUGCACGUGGCACGAUGGUUCCUCAGCAUUGUCUGAACUGAUUCAACAACCCAUGGGAACAAUGACCGUGUGUUGUACUAUUUUAUAUUUUAUUAUGUUUUUGUAUAAUUUAUAACUUCUGUGUAUUUGCUUCUUCUUCUUUCUUUUUCUGCUAGUUUUUGAAAGUUUUUGGUUGGUGCAAUAAAGAAGUGAAUACACUUUUAUGUUU